ACGUAACGGUACAUGACACAGGGCUAAUCAUAAGACCAGUUCAUUUCCUCCUCUGAACACACUUGCGACACUCCGCAGUGCCAUAACUACCCAACAGUUCUUAGCUUCGUCGCAAAACAACGCAAAGGUUCGUGACCAUGUUGCGGUUAACACCUGUUGUCAUCGUCGCCAUUUUCGCAACAGUUGUUGCUGGAGAGCAGUGCCGGUCGCUAGGGGGCCUCAUCAGGUUCUCCUGUCCUCGGCCGAUCGUUGACGACGAUGACGACAUCUACUGCUGUGAUGACGGAACUGACUGUUGCGACAGUUGUUUGGAGGCUGACGACAGCUCAAAUUGCUGGGGAGACGUCGUGAACCAUGCAGUGAACCUCGGUACCGGCGUCAUUGUAGGUAUCAUUACCGGUGUUAUCGUCAUCAUCAUCAUCAUCAUUGUGGGAAUAGUCCUCUGCUGCUGCGCAUGCGCCAAAAGGCGACAAAACCCACCGGUGGCAUACCAGGCAUCACCACAAGGACAACAGGUCACGGUGAUGACUCAGCCGGGAGCGUACGGCGCCCAACCCGCCCAGUACCCCCCUCCAGCCGGCCAGCCAGAGAAGGGGUACCCAGGCCCCCCUCCCGCAUACCCCGCGACCGGCGGAGCACCUUACCCCCCUGCGGGAGCAGCUUACCCCCCUGCCGGAGCAGCUUACCCCCCGGGAGGGGCACCCUACCCCCAGGGAGGAACACCGUACCCUGUGGACGCGGCGUACCCCCCUCAGAAGGCCUAGUCUUCAAGUUUCAGUUUGGGCUCAAAUGUACAAAAUUACUGAUGUCAGGAAUACAAUUGGAAAACAAAUCCUGUAUAUGUUAUAUGUAUAACAUUGCAGUACGCCUUUCUAAAUGAUUUUAAAGUACGUAUGUCAAUGGGGAUUUGUAACAAAUCACAACUUGGAUAACGUUUCUUACAAUUUCAUAAGAAACAUUUGUACCGACAAUGGGGGCUAGAAUAGUUGUAUAAUCAUACCAUGUAGCCAGGAAUGUUUGAACGUAAUGCAGAUUUUGUUGUUGGUAGGAUCCUCUCUGUAUAUGCCUUAUAUUCCACAUCUCAUGAGUGUGCUGGCAUGUUGCCAGUGACUAGAGGGUUCAGGCAAAGGCCGGGUAAGCCGGGUAAAUGUUAGGGUAAUUGUGCUGAAGUCGACUGUCUAACAGACUACACAGCUGGUACAAAAACAAAUAUUAUCCAAAUAGGAGGAAUAAUUAGUUUACUCGGUUUUGUCAACGUAAAUUGAAUUUCUGACACACUGUGUACCGCGUUACAUUGAAAGAUGUGUUCAAAUACAAAAACCUACUUUUUCUACAAAUAUUUGUAGACACUACGUGUGUAAUCAAAAGUGUUUAAUUUUGUAAUACACUGUUUGAAUAAAAUCACUUGUGUAUAAUG